UGCUUUUCUCCACUGAAUGUCAAACGACUACAAGUGUGCAGCAGUGUCUCAAUUUGCACUUGAAGACGGCGGAAGUUGCAGUUUGAGAGCACUUGAUGGCUGCGUCAAUUGUGCGCACAGAGAAAGGGAGAGAGAGAGAAGUGAGGAGGCGAUCGGAGUGCAGCUGGAUAGAAACUGUUGGAUGCCGGCGUUUUAGCAAAAUAUGGACAGCUACGCUCUGGGAGCAUGUGACUAAUUCGGGACCUGUGGGCUACGUGGCACCAUCGCUGCAUCUUCGGACUGAUCUCCCCUGCUAGGAAGGUUGGCCCUCAUCGAGGGACCUUCUCCAAAGCUCUUGCGUGCGUGUGCUCUCUUAUGAGUCAGACGAUAUUCCUCCAGGAAAUGGAGACGUUGCCUAAUUAAGGCAGGAGAAGCUUUUUUGGACGUCCGGGGAACUUUUUAUUUGCUCUUGUGAAGUUUUUAUUUUAAACUAUGACCCCUCCUGAUUUCCUUUUUUUGAGAUUGGUUGCUGCUUGAGGUUUUGUGGGAUUAGUCGUUAAACCUGAAGACACCCUCCUUGAAGGAUAUAUUCAAGUCCAAAUAAGCUCCUUGCAAGACACACUGAGGGAAAGACAGCCAGAGAAAAGGGGUGAAACAAUUUGUGAAGGGCAGAUGGCUUUGCUGCUCACAAACCAACAGCCGUAGGAAUAAAAUAUUUAUAUAGGGGCGGACGUGACAUCUGGAAGAGAGCUCGGUGUGUGAUGGUGUCCCCCCUCCUAUCAGUCUCGGAGACAUGCCUGUGCAGGAGAUGGCGGUGAGUCCUGUCAAGUCCCUGCACUGGGAGAAGUUCCCCCCCAUGUCCCAGCGCAGAGUCUACUGCACCCCCAUCUACCACGAAGGCCUGCUCUACGUGCUGGGGGGCUGCAGUGAGACCGGCAUGCCCCUGGACAGCGUGGAGGUGCUUGAUGUGGAGAGCCAGACAUGGAGCCAGCUGCCACCUCUGCCCACAGCGCGAGCAGGUGCCGCCGCCGUGGCGCUGGGGGGGCAGGUCAUGGUCUUGGGAGGAAUGAAUCAGCAACAGACCCCGCUGGCAUCAGUGGAAGUUUUUCACCCAGAUGAGGGGAAAUGGGAACCGAAAGCUAGCCUGGGGCAGCCGUCCAUGGGCACCACCACAGUGGAGAAAGAUGGCAAGGUGUACGCAUUGGGGGGAAUGGGGGCGGACAUCACACCGCAGGCCCUGGUGAGAGUUUAUGAGGCAGAAAAGGAUCAAUGGCAGCCGCUGACUUCAAUGCCGACACCGCGAUAUGGAGCUAUCCCCUUCGUAAAAGGAAACAAAAUCUACAUCAUGGGUGGUCGUCAAGGAAAGAUGCCAGUGACAGCGCUGGAGGCAUUCGACCUGGAAAUGAAGAGCUGGACACGCUACCCCUGCAUACCGAGCCGAAGGGCUUUUUCCUGCUGCGUAACAAAUGAGCGAAGCCUCUUCAGCCUGGGGGGGCUUCAGCAGCCGGGACCGCACAACUUCUACUCCAGACCUCACUUUGUCAGCACCAUGGAGGAGUAUGAUCUGGAUCAAAGUGUCUGGCUCAAACCCAGUCGAACGUCAAAGAUGCGAGAGAAAAGGGCGGACUUUGUAGCAGGUUGUCUAGGUGGACGGAUCAUUGCUGCUGGUGGUCUAGGCAACGAGCCAACACCGUUGGGCUCAGUCGAGAGCUACAAUCCGAUCAAGCGACGCUGGGAGUAUGUGGCGCCCAUGCCCACCGCACGCUGCUCGUCUGCUCUCCUGCAGACCGCUGGCAUGCUCUUUGUGAUCGGUGGGGUGGCGCAGGGACCGAGCAAUGCCGUGGAAGCCCUCUGCUUGCAGGAAACCGUGUGACUCGUGCGCCGAGGGCACAACGCUCACAACGGAGCAGGUCCACAAUGGCCUUGAUAUGUUCUCAAAUCUUGCGUGGAAAAGGCCUAAAUGCAUGGCUUGGAUAUGGAGGCUAUCAUGCUCACAUACGUUUCAACCUUCAAUGUGCGACUGAUGGAUUCCUCUGGAUGCUGCACAUAUUCAGCAAGCAUUUUGAAAAGAAAAAAAGGCAUCCGGGGACAUUUGCUGACAGAGCUGGACGAAUAAAUACAAGGACAGCUUAGAUUGCUGUGACUGAUAAGGAGAGGGAACUGACGGCUUGUGUCCCUUGCAGAUGUCAAGGAAAGAUGGAAGAAAAAGAGCAAAAAAUAGACACACACACACAUACGACAGUAUCCGAAGACUUCACAUGCCUUUGAACUAUUGAACAUUUUUUGAGAAUAAAAGCAGGGUACUUUUCUGAAUAUUAAAGGAACAUAGGGCCAUAUCUGUGUUGCGCUCCCCUGCUGCUGCAUCAGCAAGCUGAAAUUUUUCUAUGAUUUUUUUUUUUUCUUUUUUCUAGUCGUAAUAUGCUUAUGGGCCACUUUGUUUUUGUUCUUGAGUGUUGUUACAGCGUUAAGAGUUGCUGUUGCUGGUGACUUUCACUAUCUCAUCAAGAUGAGUGAGUGACUCCUUGUAGGCAGUGACAGUGGUGUCAUGUUGAUUACCAUUGAGCAAGGCAGGUAAUUGUGACUCCUAUAGUAUUUGGACUGAUGCUUUAUUCACUGGGUAACUUAAGCCUGAGUUUAAAUGGACACCACAUGGCUCACUAAUAAAAAAAAAAAAAUUCAUAUGUCAUUAUUAUAAAUGAUUUAAUAAAUAUCCUCUAAUACACAACUCUGGUUAAGGUAUACCCUCCUUACUCACCUUUGUUGGAUUUGAAAUAAACUAGACUUAAUGCUCAAUAACAAUGGUAAAUGGUGUGCAUUUUUAAAAUAAUUGAGGAUAUUGACUUGUAUGACGCAUAUACUUUCUCUUUUCGCAGGCAUACAUUGAUAAUUGAUAGGCACUAGAUUAAUGUUCGCCAUCCUUAAUUUUGCCAAGGCACCUAAUUUACAUUUUGGUACACCAUUAAAUACCCCCCCCCCCCCCCCCAAAUAAAAAUUAAUACUGAAAUAAUGCUGAUCUCAUCUUAAUUUACUCACAAAAUGAUUUACUCUAUGGGAAUUUUGAGGCUGUUUAAUUAAACACUAAGCUUGUACGAAGAAGCCAUGACUAAUUCUGUUGUAUGAAAGGCAACAGGUGGACACACAGGUUCAUUGUACCUUUAGCCAUCUAAUGGAAGAAGAGCAUUGUUUUCUUCUGCCUGUCUAUGUCGCUAACAUUGAAAGUUGAACAAAAAUAUCCUUUGAAGUGAUAAAUAAUAAUUUUCAGCCAAAUUAGGUCAAAUUGCUCAAUUUUCUCCUGGCACACAGCAUCCUGGUUAGCAAUCACCACACUACAUGUCUAUCCGUAAUGGCUGAAAAUUCAGUGCCAUUGACCAACAAUGUAAAAGAAACACGACUAAAAUUACUGAACAUGUUUUAAUCAAAGUCCUGGAAUAGUUCUUCGCGCGUUGGACUUGAAAAUGAAAAGAAAGUUAACAUUUCUGUUGACUAGUUGUGAGUUAUUUAUGUAGUAGUAUUUUUCUAUCAAAUUUAAAUGUAAUUUAAAUGUAAUUGAUUAUUGGUUGGGUUGAAAGUGUAUGUGCUUGGCGUUAAGAGUAUACGAUUUAAAGUACUUCAAAUUUGAAAUAAUAAAAAAAAUAAUGUAAUUUAAAAUACUGAAUAUACGCUUCUGUCUGCCAUACAAAAAAAAACAUUUCUGAGCAAAAAUCUUUUUGAGAUUUUCUGCUGCCAGACAUGACUGCAUUCAACCAUGUCAAAGAUCCAUCCACAUCCACUGCCACAUCAUCUGUUGUUGACCACAGUCACUGUGCUUCUUUAAUCUCCAGCCAUGAGCAGCAAAGUGAUUUAUCAACACUGACGUUAUCCGUCGCACUGUAGUAGGCUUUGUUGUUGGGUCGUUGUUUAUACACACUCAAUCAUAGCUACUGCAUCCAAUCCGCUCCUCAGCCGGCAUUACCGACGUUUGUUGCAUUUCCCCCACCCGCAGUCUCAGUUUAAUGAAUGACAGCAACACAGUGUAUUUAUUACCUCAGCUUGAUAUCAAGCACAUUUCAGAUUCAACAGAUAAAUCAUCUCAAGGUAAUGUGAGCCAGACAGCUUUUGGAAGCAUUAAAUUGACUUGAAAGUACCGAGCAAAACACUUGUUGCCAUAUCAUUGUUUGUUGGGUGGACUAUAGGCCGGUCCACUCAUCUUAGCUUGUUCCCAAUAACACCAGCCCAGAUUUGUUUUGGCCACUUUCUUGGUAUACGAAAUUGUUUCUUUCACCCAUUCGUAAUAUUUGGGUGAAGCUAAGCAAUUCUGUUUGCUCCGAUGAGUUGAAUUUUAAACGCCAUUGACAACUUGAAGUCUUGGCACAAUUGGUUGAUGCACAGCGGCCCACUCUUCUGGGCAAACAGCCUCUUGUGCCUGUAAAUUCUUGAACUGUUCUGCAUGAAGAGCACUUUUGUGGUUUCUCCAAAAUGACAUUUAGAUUUAAGGAACCUGAGACAGCUCCAGGAUAGAUUCAGAGCCAAUGAAUUGUCAACUUGGCCUUGCGUUUUGGCUCGAUAUCUUGCUGAAGACCUCAACUACAGCUUUUGGCUAAUGAAUACAGACUAAUCUCAUCAUGUAUUUUCUUAUGUAUCUUAUGAGUGCAAAUUGACAGCUAGUAUUUUCUGACUGGCUACCAUCUUGCCAUCACUAUGGACCCUGUAUGUUUGCAACUCAAACAUCCUCAAAACCAAGUGCUCCACUGCAGUGUUUCACAGUUGGAAUGUGUGUACUUAAGCCAUGCUGGCGCCUCUCCAAAUGUACAGUUUAUGGUUGUGGAUUUAAAGCUCCAUUUUGAUGUAACAACUUCAGAUGUUUUAUUUUGGUGCUGUUCUGUCUCCAGGCUUUCUUGUGGCACUGUUGUAAUAAUUGCUUUUGUCUGGUGACCCGACCAUGUAGUCUAUUUUUCUUCAACGGCCUCCUUAUUGUUCACCUUGAGACAGAAAGUCCUGCAUCUCACAAGUUAUCUGUGGCAUUUCUUUGUGCUCUGAAAGAUUUUUGUAAAGUUUUGACUGUGGCUUAUUUCCACUUGAAGUUCUUUUUAUAUAAAGUAGAACGUUUUCAUGUUUUAUAAAGUUCAACAACCUCCUGCAGAUGCUUUGAUUAUUGCUUUCCCCAUGGCUACAAACACAGAAGUGGAUGAAAAAUAGAAAGUUCUUUUAAAAACCCAGAAAGUCACACAAACAUUUUUCUGACAUCAUGAUUUUACCCUUCACUCUUUACUCCUUUAGUAGAUGUGUUAUUAAACUCACCUUUUGAUAUUUACACACAUGAAAAAAUACUCGGAAAUAAAAUCAGAAAUGCUUAAGCGCAAAUGGACAAAAUUGACUACUUGUUGCUGUAUCAGGAGAAAAGCAAAAACAAACUUUCAAUAUCAUUUUCACUGAAGAACCACCAACACCUAAUCCAAAUGAAAAAAAAAACAUCACAGAAUGUCUAUGAAUUAAACUUAACAAGGUAAAUAAAUCUAGAAUAAAAUCAGACUGGUUGCGAACCACCAACACCUCAUGCAAAUGAAAAAAAACAUCACAGAAUGUCAAUGAAUUAAACUUAACAAGGUCAAUAAAUGUAGAAUAAAAUCAGACUGGGUGUUCAGAUGACAAGAAUAUACAUCAGAUGUUUGGACCAGCUGACCACUCAAUGACAGAUCUGAUGCAUCAUUUUUACUUACUAUUCCUUUGAUGCAUCAAAGUGACUCAUGUAAUUCAAACUAGAGAAGUCUCUCUGAUCAUAGGAUAGUAAAUUCAAACAUAGUCAGUCAUGAAUACACAGGAGAGGGAAAGAAACAUGCUUCAGAUGAGUGAAAUAGGCACAGGACCAGAAACGCACGCACUCGCACACAUACUUGCUUUUCCUGGCUGUUGCAGUUUAAAUUGCUGGUCUGCAUCCAGACGGAUCUUAUCUUUUUUGAGGAAGCACAUGAGGUUGGUGCCAGUAGACAGUCGGUUAUUUUUGGUGUUCACCAUUUGAUUAUGUUGGGUGCAGGUCAUACAGCACAGCGAGAGCACACGCACGCAUGCAUGCACGCACGCACACACACACUCACUGGAUGCUCAUGACAGAGCAAAUCCAUUUUCCGCUCAGUUAUGAUAGCACAGUUCUAUCUAGGAACAACUCGAGGGGGAAAAAAAGGCUUAUAAGCCAUGAAGUAAAGCAAUUUGGUUGUGUUUUUUACCCCAGUCUGAUAUUGCGGCGGACUGUUGUGUCAUUCUGGCAAAGUAAAACUGGAAACUAUUGCAGAUUUAAUACAUUUUCUAUAUAGGUCUAUGGUCGGAUUUACAAUGGUGAAACUGACGUGGGUGGUUGUGAAACUGAACCAAUGUGUCAGUUUGCAAGCAAAUUGGUGUCUGCACAUUUCUGGCACAGUUCUGUAAAACAUCCAUUUGUUAGGUGAGCCAUCUGGAGCGGUACAAUGACAUCGUCUAAAUGCCUCUUGUGUUUUUCUCUGCU